CCAAUAAUAGAGCCGUACUACUUCCGAUACGUUUGAUAGGUUUAUUUUAGCAAACGCAGCGUUACAUCAGCUUGGUUUCUAGUUACUGCUGGCUUAUGUAGUUAGCGACGUACGUAAAUUGCAUUAUGAAACAGUCAGUGGUAACGCUUUUAUAACGCUGCCCUACUGCUGGGUGGCUACAGUUGAAUGGCUGCUUCCUUUUCGGGUCGCACUCACAUUUUUCGUCCCUGUUUGAUAUUAUUUAGAUCCCUUUUCACAGUCGGGAUGGACCCCAUGGGUUCGGCAUUUAGUCGUUCACCCUUGGAGUGUCUUCACUUCGACAAUGUCGCUAUGAAGAAACUUCCAAUCGACCCAUCUGAGGAAUCUGGGGUGCGGAUCGUGAAAGGAGCGUGUUUCUCUCGAGUUCAGCCGCAACCUUUGGUCAACCCCAAAUUUGUGGCUGUUUCUGAACCUGCGUUGGCAUUGCUUGGGCUAAAUGCAGAGGAAGUCCUGCGCGAUCCUCUCGGUCCGGAGUAUUUGAGUGGUUCGAAGCUGAUGCCCGGUUCUGAGCCGGCAGCCCACUGUUACUGCGGUCAUCAGUUCGGACACUUUGCUGGACAGCUGGGCGAUGGAGCGGCAUGUUAUCUGGGUGAAGUGAAGGCUCCAGCCGAUCAAAGUGUCGACCUGCUUAAUGAAAACCCCUGUGGCCGGUGGGAGAUCCAGGUUAAGGGCGCAGGACUGACGCCUUAUUCAAGGCAGGCCGACGGGCGUAAGGUGCUCCGCUCCAGCAUCCGGGAGUUCCUGUGCAGCGAGGCCAUGUUCGGGCUGGGCGUGCCCACCACCCGGGCCGGCUCGGUGGUCACGUCCGACCUCCGCGUCGCGCGGGACGUCUUCUACGACGGCCGGCCCCGCCUGGAGAGGUGCUCGGUGGUCCUCCGCAUCGCGCCCACCUUCAUCCGGUUCGGCUCCUUCGAGAUCUUCAAGCCCGUGGAUGACCUGACGGGCCGACAGGGCCCCAGCGUCGGCCGGAACGACAUACGGGCCCAGCUUCUGGAUUACGUCAUCGAGACCUUCUACCCCGAGGUCCAGCGGAACCACGCGGACCGGGCCGAGAGGAACGCCGCCUUCUUCAGAGAGGUGACAGUCCGGACGGCGAAGCUGGUGGCCCAGUGGCAGUGCGUGGGCUUCUGCCACGGCGUGCUCAACACGGACAACCUGAGCAUCGUGGGCGUGACCCUGGACUACGGGCCCUUCGGCUUCAUGGACAGGUUCGACCCGGACUUUGUGUGCAACGCCUCGGACACCUCGAGCCGCUACUCCUACCAGGCCCAGCCGGCGGUGUGCCGCUGGAACCUGGCCCGCCUGGCGGAGGCUCUGGGCCCGGAGCUCAGCCCCCAGAGCGCGGAGGCCGUCCUGGACGAGUACCUGCCCCUCUACAACGGCUUCUACCUGGGCAACAUGAGGAAGAAGCUGGGCCUCCUUCGGAAGGAGGAGCCGGAGGACGAGAUGCUCGUCACUGAGCUCCUGCAGACCAUGCACAACACAGGUGCGGAUUUCACCAACACCUUCCGGUGUCUGAGCCAGGUGCCCUGUCCGUCAGGAGAGGAGACGCAGGAGGAGGAGGAGGAGGCGCUGGGGCGCUCCGUGGACCUCCUCAUGGAGCAGUGCUCCACUCUGGAAGAGCUGAAGGAGGCUAACAAGCCCACCAUGGACCAUCGGGAGCUGGUGAUGGUGCUCUCUCUGGCGGAGAGCAACCCCGCCCUGUUCCAGAUGUUGGCGGACAAGAAGGCCGUCUCCAAGCAGCUGGAGCGCCUGGCCAGGCUGAAGGAGCUGGUGGACACCAACCAGGAGGACCUGAGGGCCAAGCAGAGAGAGGACUGGACCCGCUGGGUCAGACAGUACAGGAAACGGCUGGCGCGGGAGCACGGCGGGCAGAGCGACCCGCGGCUGGUGGAGGAGGAGAGGGCGCGCGCGAUGGACAGCGCCAACCCCCGCGUGGUGCUCCGCAACUACAUCGCCCAGAAUGCCAUUGAGGCGGCGGAGGCCGGGGACUUCUCUGAGGUCCAGCGCGUUCUGAAAGUUCUGGAAAAGCCCUUCUCUGCCCAGCCGGGAUUGGAGCAGCCCGGGUGGACACGCCCCGCCGGGGGCGGAGACACGGGAGGAGAGGAGGAGGAAGGGGCAGCGGAGGAAGGGGCGGGGCCAGCAUCCCGGCAGCCCUUCGUCCCCUACGACAGCAAGCCGCCGGUCUGGGCCGGCGAGAUCUGCGUCACUUGAUCUUCGUAAGGCCUCCCUUGAGCUCUGACCCACCGUUUUACUGAGUAACCACCCCCCUUCCCCCUUUCCUUGCUGUCUGUCACUGAUCCAGGAUCAGUUCUCGUGACCCCAUUCCAGCCAUUUACCUUUACCCUUCAGAAAGCCCGAGCUGAUCUGAGGUCAGUCUCUCUCUUCUUUCUCGGGCUGCAUCUGCUCUGUCUGUAUCUUUUCUCUUACUACCCCUUGGUCUAACCCUUAUUUACUUACGUCCUCCAUUUUGAGGGUUGGCGGGUUUGGGGUCGUACACCAGGGGUAGCUCAGCCGUUUCCCUCCCACCGCGAGUGGCCCCCUGUGUGAUGUCAUCAACGACCGACACCCAGGGCCACCGUCGGCAGAGGGAAGCGGCUUCUCUUCCUUCCUCUCUCUCUCUCUCUCUCUCUGUUUGCCCUCUCUCUUUCUUCCCCUCUCUUUUCCUCUCCCUCUCCCUGUUACUUGGGCGGGUCAGAUGUUUUUGGGAGGCGGCGCUGGGAAGGGUGUCCCUGUCGACCGACCGGAAAAUGCUACAGGUGGAGAAAGAGAGACGGGUGGCCACGAAAACGUUUGCUGGAGAGAAAAGCAGAAGUAUUUUAAAAGUUGUGCGGGGCGCACCCUAACGUUUCCACAGGGUUCUCGCACUGCUUCUGAUGCAGGUACAUUUAUGAGGACUCGAAAGGACAAUUCUCAAACUUUCAAGAAAAUUUCUAGCUUGAUGAGGCAAAAAGUCCACAGAACGUCAGAAACCUUUGAUGCUUCAAGUGCUCGAUGCUUGGAAGAUCAGGCACUGUUUCUCUUCCUCCGUCUCUCUCUCUCUCUCUUUCUCCACCUGUGUCACGGUGCGGUCGUUCAUGAAGGCACAGGCAACCAGUCCCACAGUGACCUGUCUGUGCCUGAAGCAGGAGCACCUGAGCCAGUACACACAGACACACACACACACGCACACAGACACACACACUACAAACACACGUACAAUGCACAAGCACACACACACACACACACAUACACACAAGUACACACACAGACACACACACAUACACACAGAAACGCACAUCAAAGCUCCUCUGAGGAUCGUUAUGGAGUUUUGGAACUUUUAAGAUGAAAUAAAAACCAGAAUAUAUACUGGUGCAUUAAUUUAAAAAUUGCAUUUAAACUUGCUGAGUAUCGUUAUGAAAUUUCUGGACUCCAUAUUCUGUGGAAUGUUUUGGGGUGAGUGGAAUGAAUGAGUGUGUGAAUGUGCGAGUGAGUGUGGUGAGUGAAUCGACAGCCCUUGGGUAAAUGUGAGAGGUGUAGAGACAACCUUCAAGCUGUAACCAAUGAUCUGAAACGCACAAGCAAACCAUCUGGAAGAACUAUGAAAGCAAAGCCAACGUGUACCUCUAGCUUAUCGACGCAGGAUUCAUGUUUUGUAGCCGUGCCACACUACUGUGAUUACUGUCUUUACGAGUAAAUAUUCACUCAAGCCACAGUCAUUUGAACCCCCAUUUUGUUUAAUCUGUCAGUAGAUUCAUUUCCUCCUUCAAACAAUAGCUGAAAGCCAGAAUUCCAUUCAGGAUAAGGAUUUAUCAUAAAGUAUGACUUUCUUUAUCUUAAGCAUGUGUGUACAACACGGGGGGGGGGGGGGCUGUGCAGACUUUAAAGACCUUGUGCAAUCAAAAUCCUAACUUUUAAUAGUUAUACACGAAGAAUGUAAGACAUUACAUACUACGAUAUUACGUCUAUUUUGUUCUGUUUGGAUUUCAACCUUUGUCGUUUUUUUAUAGUAAAAGCGACAGUUUUUUUAUACUGCCAGUGCUCACUACAGGAGCUUAGGUAAAUAACAUGCAAUUCAUAUUUUAACCAAUCGGCACUGUGUCUGUGCCGUGGGCUUCCAAUCAAUGUUGUAACAUUUGAAAAAAGUAAUAAGUAAUAAUCACGUGUCUCGAGCACUGAAAGGUGAUUGCACAGGGUCUUUAAAAUCACGCGAAAUAUUUGGUUUGAAUGGUCAACGUAAACGUUUGUGUGGGUCUUUGUGGGGGAAAGACAAUAUCUGAUAUCUUUGUAUGAUUUUCUAUGCACUAUGACUAACAAUCCUCUGUAAAAGUUUAAUUCAGCAAUUUAAUUGGCUGCCAAUCACCUUUAAUAAAUGCAUAAUCUUGCAACAAAAAAAAAAAUAGAAUUUAUUCUGCUGAUGAAA